UGGGGUCGGCGGCGGCGGCGCGGGGCUCGGCGUCGCGCGGCGGCGGGUCGGCCGCCGACCUGCCGUCGGGCCUCUCCGAGCGGCUGUCGUCGCUGAGCGCCGCUGCCGGCGCCAGUCUGAAAGAUAUGAUGGCCCGGAGCAGUGUCACAGGCUCCGGCUCUGGCGCGGUGAAGGCAGGGGACUCGGGAGCCACCCGGCCGGCGCCAGACCCCGCCGAGCCUCCCGCACAGGACAGCACGACUAAGAGCGAGACCAGCGAGUCGACAGAGACUGCUGUAAAGGAGGAGCCGGUGGUGAAACAGGAGCCUCUGGACUCCUCGGGAGCCGGUUCAGCGGAGCCGGCUACCGGACAGGCUCCCGGCGUCACUCUCAACACCCAGGAGUCGGGAGUGUUCACUCCGACAGCUGCGCCGCCCUCCCCGGAGCGGGAGCAGCGGGAGGGCGCAGCGUCCGCCCCGCCGCGCGGCACACAGUCGGCGGCCAGUCGCGGAGUGAAGAUAGUGAAGGACGAGUCGGCGCCCACCGACCGGCGCUCCUCCUCGUACCUCUACAACGACUGGGACCGCACCCUGUAUGAGAAGACGGGCCGGCCGCCGCCCGGCGAGGCGCACUGGUCGCGCGACAAGAGCGCGCACAGCGACCGCAGCCCGGCCCGCGCCGGCGGCGCCGAGUCGUGCUCUCACUCGCGGGGCUCUGCGCAGCCGGCGGCACGCUCGGCGUCUGCCCGCCGCCGGCCGCGCAGCCGCCGCCGGCCGGUCACCUCGCCCGGCGGCCGGCGCGCGUUCGACAUGGCGCGCUGCCAGCGGGAGACGCAGGACCAGUUCGGUAGGAGGAUCGUCUACCGGCACUGCUUCAUCGAGCCGGAGUUCACGCUGCGCGGCCAGAGGAUCCCGGUACACGGCGCCCGGAAGGGCAGCAUCGUCAACGCUGAGGAUACGUACGCCGCCUUCGCGCUGGAGCUGGUCACGCCUCCCUCCGAGGGACAGCUCUCCGCUGAGAAGGUGCAGCGGCGCGCGCGCCUCAAGAAGAGACGCCGCAAGAAGAGGAGGCGCUCACCGGGCGGUAAGAGCCUGCUGCGGGAGCGGGCGCUGAUCGAGGAGCAGAGACAGCGUCUGGAGGAGGAGGGCGAGAAACUGGAGGAGGACCGGAUCCGGCUGGAGGGGACGCGCCGCCACCUGGAGCAGCUGGAGGAGUGGUGGGUGACAGAGGGACUCCAGAUCCUCCAGCGCAACGAACUCCGCGAGCAGGAGGAGAAAAUCAUCAAUGCCGUGAUCGAGGAGGAGUGUCAGCGGAUCCGGGAAGAGAGGAGGAGACUCCAGGAGGAGUGGCAGUUCCUGGUGGAGCGUGUCGAGCGUCAGGAGAAGGAGGAGCGGAGGGUUCAGGAGGCGCUCCAGGAGCUGGACGAACGACAGGAGGAGCUGGCGCAGCACGAACGGGCCGGGAUGCGGCGCAUCCACGAGAUGAAGGCCGUGUUCGACAUCGAGCGGCGCAUGAUGGAGGUGGAUAGGAAGAAGCUGAUGGAGGAGGCGCUGACGUCGGAGGCGUUCCGCGACGCCCUGGAGGACGCCGAGCUCGGCUGCUGGGAGUCGCUCUCGGAGGACGGCCGGAGCCGGUCGCGGGUCAGCUCGGCGUCCCGGGGCGCGCGCCAGCCCGAGCCGCCCGACCCGUUCACCAACAUCAAGGACAGCCGGCUGGAGCGGCUGCUGGCGGACAUCAUCCACUCGCCGGGGGCGGCGGAGCCGGAGCAGCGCCAUGACGGGCCGACGUCCGCUGAGUUACGGCAGCGCUCCUCGGAGCUGCUAUCCCCGGAGCCCAGCUGCCUCUCCCCAGAGCUGGUCUGCUCAGAGUCCGACCAGCGCUGUGUGCCGCUGCGGGAGGACGGUCCCGGCCACCCGCCCAGUGGUAACGCCUGCGGUCGGCCGCAGCGACCGAUCACGGCGCGCGGCCGGCCGGCCAGGGCCUCCCGCUCCACCCCCUCCGGGGACGCCCGGACCGCGCCGGCGGCCCUGCCGCCCUGCGCCGCCCGCAGCGAGGGGGGUGCGGCGGUGACCCCGGGCCGGUCGACAGGGGACGGUCUGUCGGGCGGCGGGGAGAUCGCUGACAUCUGGCGCCGCCGGCCCACCGCCGCGCAGCGCCGCGAUCCGUGCAGCGAGGCGGCUAUCGCUGAGGACCGGAGUCCGGCUGCAGGCAGUGAGGGGAGCGGGGCGGCGCCGGCGAUACCGGACCGGCCUCAGCCGGAGCACCACCUCCCGGCGCCGGCAGCUCAGCGACAGCACGCCAAGAGCGAGGGCUUCAUCGACCCGAGCGCCCGGCGGGCGGAGGCGGAGCGGCGCCGCGCCAGCGCCGCGCCCUGCCUGGAGACCGCCUCCCAGCCGAGCUCGCUGCGCUCCGGGCUGCGGAGCGCCGACUCGGUGCAGCGGAGAGUGUCGUUUGACCAGAGGGCCACCGUGCAGACGGUGUCGGACGGAGCGGCCGGCGGGGCGGGGGAGGGGGCGGGAGGAGAGGGUGCAGAGGGGGAGAGGGACGGCGGCGCGGACAGCGGUCAGUCUGAGGCUAGCUAG